UGCUGAGGCUCCACAUACAGCUCAUCACCGAUCCUAGACAGAGAGUGGAUGGCUUUGGCCAGCACUGGACGUUUGUACUAUCUGAGGAACGCUGCCGUGCACUGCUCUCCUCCCAUCACCGCUGAUGUAAAUGGCCGUUGCUGAAGAGGUGUGACUAAAACAACAUUUGUGUGCUGAAACCACGAAAGACAGAGACUUUGAAUAGACACAAGAGGACGACAGUCAGGAAGAGUUGAGUGUCUGGCUCAGCUCUGUGCCAAAACUACACAGAAAGAGAGAGUGCUGCUAAAACUUUUGUGGAUUAUGGAGGAGUAUGACAGCGAAACGUCCAUGACAAGAAGCAGCCUGCACAGAGAGAAAGAAGAACUCCUAUCCUAACUGAGGAAGUCAAACUGUAAGAGAUGGAUCUGUCUUUAUAUUUUCCUUAAGAAACAGUUAAGACAGUAAUGGAAAAGACUGGAAUAUGAAAACAGAGGGACACAACCAUCACAGGAGGCUUAGAGGGUGACGUGAUUUACACACAGCUAUUGUCUUCUGUCAUGGUCUCCAGUUUUGUUUUGAAAGCAACAAAUGACACAAGACAGUGUGGAAUCCAUCCCUGAUUGAUGGACUAUAUUGUUGUGUUUACAUGCAGUCAUUGUUGACAUGCUUUUCUGUGACCACUGGACUUGAUACACAGCACUUCUGUUCCUAGAUGUCUCAGUCACGUGAUCCAAAAGACACUCAGGCCUUGCUGCAGUCCAUGCUGCAGAGACUGAAGCUCCAGCCAGGAAGAGAGGGCCAGCCAUACCUGCACACACCUGUACCCAGCACAGCUGCUUCCACAUGGAGGCAAGGUGGAGAGAAAGGAGCCUCCAGCUCUCCUGUGAAUGGCUUUGAGUUUGGAGCUAAUGGUAUCCCCUCUAAAGAGUUUGGGUUCUCUGCUUCGGACAGUAAGUUCGGCCUAAAAGGUGGGGAAAUACAGCAACCAGGUCGUGGCUCUGAAGUGGACGGGGUUGUCGUUUCCUUUCCCUCCCAAAAAGACAACACUGAUGGUGGCACGGGUGAGGACAGGGUGUUGGGACAGGUCACGCAGCCUGGGAUCACCCCAACAGGAACAGGGCAGCUGUUUCCUGCGAAAUCACUUAAGGAUGCUGAUAUCACUUCCUUUGACAGGACUAAUGGGGAGAGGGGGAGUUUUGGCAGAAGCUCUUCAAUGACAAGGAACAUCCCCAGUGACAAAGAUGCCGUCACGAACGUGGGACAGAAACAGGACCAGUUCCAGGGUUUUACACCCAAAGUCUAUACGUGGGCUCUGAAGCCCACAGACACGGGAAGUCAAGAGAAUGAAGUGUCGCACAUGGGAAAUGGAGGAUUUGGAGCUUUGGCACAAAGUAAAGACAUGCAGAUUGUCCCAGCGAAUGGAAGCGCCAGAAGGAAACAGCGACCAUCUGAGAAUAAAACGAGGAGAUGGACCCAGAUGAUCAAGGAGAGAUGGAGGGACAGGCCGGGGAGUUUUGGCAAGAAGGGGAAAGAAGAAGGGCGAGUGGACCAGAGGAGUGAAGGAACUGAAAUUUCACCUCAAAACCAGCAAUCAACAAUGGAAACUUUCAUCAACACAUCAAAUAAGGAAGAAGAAAGGAUCCUCCCAUCACAAGACAUCAGUGGUCCCAGUAACACCCCUCACACAGACGACAGCACUAACGAGGGAUUUAUGAGGUCGAUGGGUGACUUUGAGUUUGGCCUGGGCUCCUUUAGCUUGCUGGACGAGAUAGUCACGGGUCAAGAGUGGGGCAAGUUCCUAAACCCCAACCUAUCAGGCGCCGCAGCCAAUCAGAGACCAUCAGAACUCAACAUUCCAACAAAUCCUUAUGAUAGUGGUCAGUCAUCUUCAAUUCUGAACCAACACGGCGGUGUGACCAACCAGUGGAGCUUCAGAGGAACUGAGGGGACAUCACCAAAUUCAGGUUUCAGCAUGGCACAAAUAUCACCUGAUGCUUUCCAACCUGUCAGCAUGGACGUGUCAGAGGGAAAACAAGCUGCGGCUCAGGAUGUUCAGGCAGUUCGCACAGAACCCAUGGAGCAUGGAUGUAAUCGUAGACCUCCUUCAUCUGUACAGCCUGAAGAUAUUCUGAACUCAGCACUGAAGAAGAGAGUCAGCCUCAGCAGGAAGAGACAGCAUCAGUCAGCUGACAACAUAGAUGGUGGACAUGAUGGAAAAGGGGCAGACAGAGAGGCGUUCACAUCUUCACUGAGCCUAACAAGCAGCCACGUGAUGGACGAGACGGGAGAGUCACAACAUGAUGACCUCAUGCCUCUACACACCCUACACUCUUCUCCUCCUCCUCCUCUCUCUCCAUCCGCUCCUUUUGCUCCUGCACCCCGAGGCGUCCUCAAACACUCCAUUUCCCAUGAUUCACAGUGCUCAAUGGAAACAGCAACAAAAAGGAGGCGAGUCGAGGAGAAUAGGCGGGUUCGUUUUUCAGAGGAGGUGGUGACCAUAGAGCCUCCUGUGCUGGAGAUGGAUGGUACAGACUCGGAGGAGGAUUCAGGAGCAGAUGAGGACUCUGUGAUAGAGCAGGACAGUGAGGAGGAGGGGCAGGUAGCGAUGGAGGAGGUGGCAGCACCAGCACGCCGAGCCGCUCUCCCUGCGUGGAUACGGGCUCUGAAGAGGAAGAACACGGGGAGGAAGCUCAGAUAGAGACAGUAAAACUGCAGGAACGGGCAUCUCUCUUAAAACAAGUUCUUUCUGGUUACUUAAAGCACACCUGUGUCUUAUUGAUCCUCGCCCCUCUCCACAACACCACUGUUCAAAAUGGUAAUUGAUCAGCUGUUGAGAGUAUUUCAAGACUUUGCAACUACACACAGACUUUCUCUGUCUAGACUGGAUUAUACACUGCCAGUGUUGCAUCAGCUCCGUAAUGAGACAGUUUGAUUGCUGGAGUAAAUAUUCUUUCACCAGCUUUAUGCGGCUUUUAUCAGAGAUGUUGUGUUGCCCUUCUCCUCCUCCUCCUGCUGCUUCAGUCUCAGUCUCUGGGUAAUGGCUCCCUGUCCGGCCAUCCUGGGAAAUUAACCCCAGAGGAGGAAAGAGAGUCGGAGCUGAAGCAGUGGUUUCAGACGGUCAGCGGUUUUCGAUCGUCUGCUGCUCUCUGUUCAGCUGUUGAAAUGUUAAAACCUUAUUUUAAAGCCUUUUUGAUGUCUGUAUGAAAGUGUAUGUUUAAUCUAGAGUCUUUGCUGGCUGCUAGUCUGAUACAUAAACCCCUGUAAAACUUCACUGUGUUGUUUUAACACUUUGAUUUUUGUAUGCAUUAAACAACUGAGAUAUAA